AUGUAUGGAAUAAAUCAGCGCUGUAUUUACAUAUCUUUUCAUUUCUUCGUGUUGUGGUGCCAUGCUCAGGGGGAGAAUCACCCGUCUCCUAAUUUUAACCAGUAUGUGAUGGAGCAGGGCGCAAUGACGGACCAGCUUAGCCGGCGACAGGUCAGGGUUUAUCAACUAUACAGCCGGACCAGCGGGAAGCACGUCCAGAUACAGGGCAAGAGGGUCGCCGCUACUGCUGAGGACGGCAACAAUUACGCACGUCUCUUUGUAGAGACUGACACCUUUGGCAGUCGGGUUCGGAUCAAAGGUGCAGAGAGUGGACGCUACCUCUGUAUGAACCGGAAGGGGAAACUGGUUGGAAAGCCUGAUGGCAGAAGCAGGGAUUGUAUCUUCACAGAGAUUGUUCUGGAGAACAAUUACACUGCCUUCCAGAAUGCCAAGUAUGAGGGUUGGUAUGUGGCUUUCACCAGGAAAGGGAGGCCCAUCAAAGCCUCCAAGACGAGGGAGAACCAGAGAGAGGUCCAUUUCAUCAAGAGGCUACACAAGGGCCCACUACCUUUCCCCAACAUGGACAGAAUCAAACAAUUUGAGUUUAUCAGUUUUCCACCCACCCGUCGAGCGAAACGGAACAGGAAAUCACAGACUGCUGCCUAGUACAGAACAAAUUGGACUAUUAUUGAGGAAAAUUUUAAAUUUUAUUUUUGUAUGUUUUUAAUAUGUGAAGAUACUUAAAAUGCGAAAAAGUCUAAAGUAAUUUUGUUGAUCCCAUGUAAAUCAUGUAAGAGAGUAAUUGAGAUUUAUGUAUAUAUUUAAUAUGACAGUGUGUAUGUAUGUGUUUUCUUUUGCUUUUUGAUUGGUCCCAUGACAGAGUGGGCAUUGGAUAGGUACAUUAAUAAACAUGUUCAGCUUGGUUAUCACAAAACUUAAGCGUGACAAAUGCA